AUGUCGAGACUUUUCUCUUUCUUGUUCUUUUGUUUAAUUAUUGUUUUUUUUUCCUCAAGUUUUGUAUUCUCAAGAGGGAAUCAAAUAUCGAAAUGUGUUUUUUACGAUAAGAGGAACAAAGAUUUGAAGCAAGUUUUUUAUGUCCCCACGAAUGAUGUAAAUAUGUAUAAGGAGACGAUAAGAAAAUUAUUAUCAAGAGAGAUAAGUUUAUUAGAAGAACCUUUAAAUGAAAAUUCGGACAGUCAUAAUAUGAGUAAUAAGAAAAAUGUAUCUAAUUUUGAAGAAAUUAAAAAGAAUGAUGAGAAUAAUAAUAGGAAAAGAAAAGAGAUGGAAGAAAAAUUAAAGUAUAUAGAGAAAUAUAGAAAUUAUGCAAAAGGUGUAUUAAAAAAUGUAGAAUUUAAAUGUGAAAAUGUUGAUGAUUUAAAAUCAAAAGUAAAAUGUAAUUUAUGUGUCUAUACAGAAAUCGUUAAUAAUAAACAUAUACGACAAGGACAAAUUAUACAAAUAUUUAUGAAUGAAUGUAUGUAUGGAUUUUAUUAUUAUGAUAAUAUAAAUCAAUAUACACAAAAUAAUGAAUAUAAUAAUAAAUCAUUAAAGGAUUAUAAUUCAACACAAAAAUUAGAUGAUAUCUAUUUUAAUAUAACAAAAGAUAUAUCAGAAGGUAAUGUAAACGGAAUCAACUUUUUUAAACAACAAUCUAGUAAAUACCAUCCAGUAUGUUAUGUGACUGAAUAA